AUGGAAAAAAUGAAUUGGACAGAAAGAGUAACAAAUGAACAUGUAUUGACCCAAGUUGGAGAAACAAGAUCCUUAAUUAAAGCCAUAAAGCGACGACGAUGGGACAUGAUGGGACGCGUUUUACGUCAUGACGAAGAAUUGCAUCAUACUAUAAUAGAAGGUGCAAUUGAAGGACGGAAACCAUCAGGAAGACCAAGAAACUCGUACAUAUCUCAACUGAAAAAUGACGUAGGGUUUGAUACAUACGCCGGAUUAAAAAGACUUGCUGAAGAUCGUGAUAAGUGGAGAGCGAAGUUAAAAACGUUGUAA